AUGAGUGGAUAUAUUUUACUGAAUAAAGGAAUAGUUGCGACACUUUGUCUUCUUGAGACUAUUGGAUUCUGCUACUCUCCACUAUUACUAAGUAAAUAUCUAAAUAGAAUAAGGAAUAAAUAUUUAAAUCCCAAUACAAUAAAUAACGCAACAUCCGGUGCAAUUUUAUCACUAUCCCUAACACAUCUUAUGCCAGAAGGUUUUAGUAACAACAAUAAUACAACAAUCCUAUCUAAUUCACUGGAUAUCACUGGAUUUAUCUCAAUGACGCCUAUAGUUAUACUUAUUUCCAUCGAUUUUUUAACAAAAAGUCCAUCUACAAUUGACCAACAAUCCUCAACACUCAAUAAAAACUCAUCAAUAUCUGAAAGUCAAUCAGCUGAAAAAAUUAGCUCAUUGUCCACCAAUUAUGGUUUGGAAAAUUCGGCUAUUAUUGAUUUGGAACGAUUUGAUGUUGGUAAAAACAUUGCCAAUAGAUAUUUACUACUUCAGUUGUUUAAAUCUCGCUCAUUCUACAUGUUAUUAACACUCAUUUGUCACUCAAUAUUAGAAGGAAUGCUGCUUGGUACAAAAAAUGGUACAGCCCUGUGGGCAAUGACAUUUGGAAUUGUCGCACACAAAUGGGCAGAAUGCCUCAUAAUAAUAAAUAUCCUAGAUAGUAGAAAUAAGUGGGCCAAGAAUGUACUGAUUGUAUUGUUUUGCCUGGCAGUGCCACUCGGUAUAUUUGUUGGCCAUUUCAUAAGUAUAACCAGCCAUUCAUUGGAAGUUAUUUUUGGACAAUUAGCAGCUGGAUUUUUCAUCUAUUUAUCAUUUGAGCUAUUAAUGGAGAAUAAUGAUUAUAUUAGCAAGAAUAAAUUAAUUACAUGGGUCUCUUACAUGAUUGGAGUAUUGACUAUGAGUGUGAUAAUGGCUAUAGCCACAAUCAUUGAAAAAAAAACCGAAAUAUGA